GGCGACACCCUUCCCUCCCCCGUCUCGGUUCGUCUCGUCCUCUGCCUUCGUCUGUUCCUCAUCUCCCCGCCUCACUCCGCCCCCUCCCCCCAUCGAUUCCUCCACGCGAGGUCCUCGGGCUGCCCCCGUCCCCCCGGUCGCGAAUCUAGGGUUCGGGGCGCGCCUCCCCUCCCUCUCCCAUGGCCUCCGCCGCCGCCGAAACCCUUGUCUCGCUCCCCGUCGUGCCCCCCUCCCGGUCGCUCCUCCGCCCCCUCCGCAGGCGACCUGCUUACAGAGGCAGCGCCGCGUCGGUCCGCCUAUCCGCGGUGCCGCCCCGGGGCCUUGGGUUCGCCCUCAUCCAUCGCCGCAUUCGCUGCCCGCCGGCGGCGCGCGCCAACGUCGAGCGCGACGGCGACGGCGCCUCCGGGUCGGGAGAGGCCUCGUCCACCGGGGACGGCGACCGCGACGCGGCGGCGGAGCAAGGAGGUGAUAGCGCGGGCACGAGCACCACCACCGCGGCCGCGACGCCGCCCUCGCCGCCCUCUUCGUCCAAGAGGGGGGAGAACAAGUGGCGCCGGCGGGUGGUCAAGGGCGGCGGUGUUGGCCGAUGGUUCUGGGAGCCCAUAGUGCAGGGCCGGGAGAUGGGGUUCCUCCUGCUACAGCUCGGGUUUGCCAUAUUCGCCCUCCGCAUGCUGCGGCCGGAGAUCACGUUGCCUGGCUCGGAGCCCAGGCCACAGACCACUUACAUCAGCGUCCCCUACAGCGACUUCCUGGCGAGCAUUGAUAAGGACCAGGUGAAAAAGGUUGAGGUGGAUGGGGUGCACGUUAUGUUCCGGCUCCGUCCCGAGGUUGAGGCCAGUGUGGUGGAGCAGCCACAAACACAAACAGAUGGUGUUGCUGAUAAUGCUGCCAUUUCAAGGAGAAUCGUCUUCACAACGACACGCCCAGUGGACAUUAAGACUCCAUAUGAGAAGAUGGUGGAGAAUAGUGUUGAGUUUGGGUCGCCAGAUAGGAGGUCCGGUGGCAUGCUCAAUUCAGCCUUGGUGGCUCUUAUUUAUGUUGUAUUAAUUGCAGUAGUUCUUCAGCGACUGCCAAUAAACUUUUCUCAGCAAUCAACAGGCCAGCUGAGGAAUCGGCAGAAUUUGAACUCUGGUGGGGCAAAAGUUUCAGAAACUGCUGAUAUAGUUACAUUUGCUGAUGUGGCUGGAGUAGACGAGGCCAAAGAAGAGUUGGAAGAAAUUGUGGAGUUCCUAAGGAACCCAGAAAAAUAUAUCCGUCUUGGUGCACGUCCUCCUCGAGGUGUCUUGUUGGUGGGCCUUCCAGGAACUGGAAAGACACUCCUUGCUAAAGCUGUAGCAGGGGAAGCAGAAGUUCCAUUCAUAAGUUGUUCUGCAAGUGAAUUUGUGGAGCUAUAUGUAGGCAUGGGAGCAGCUCGAGUACGUGAACUGUUUGCUAGGGCCAAAAAGGAAUCACCAUCAAUUAUUUUUAUUGAUGAGAUUGAUGCUGUGGCAAAAAGUCGUGAUGGCCGGUACCGUAUUGUCAGUAACGAUGAGCGUGAGCAGACACUAAAUCAACUGCUCACGGAAAUGGAUGGUUUUGAUACCAACUCAGCUGUCAUUGUACUUGGAGCAACAAACAGGGCAGAUGUUUUGGAUCCUGCCCUUCGGCGCCCAGGGAGAUUUGACCGUGUAGUCACGGUUGAAGCUCCCGAUAAGUUUGGAAGAGAAUCUAUUCUGAAAGUUCAUGCAAACAGGAAAGAGCUUCCGCUUGGUAAAGAUGUAGAUCUCAGCGGCAUUGCAGCAAUGACAACUGGUUUUACUGGGGCAGACCUUGCUAAUUUAGUGAAUGAAGCUGCUUUGUUGGCCGGAAGAUCAAAUAAAGAAAUAGUGGAAAAGAUUGAUUUCAUCAGUGCGGUUGAGCGCUCUAUAGCUGGCAUAGAGAAAAAACAUGUAAAGCUGAAGGGCAAUGAAAAGGCUGUUGUUGCACGGCAUGAAGUUGGUCAUGCAGUUGUGGGAACUGCUGUAGCAAAUCUGUUGCCAGGCCAGCCACGUGUGGAGAAAUUGAGUAUACUGCCGAGGUCAGGAGGUGCACUAGGCUUUACAUACACUCCUCCCACGACAGAAGAUAGAUAUUUGCUCUUUGUUGAUGAACUGCGUGGCCGUCUGGUGACACUUCUGGGUGGGCGGGCAGCAGAGGAAAUAGUUCUAGCAGGACGGGUUUCUACUGGGGCACUUGAUGACAUCAGGCGUGCAACUGACAUGGCUUACAAAGCCGUAGCAGAGUAUGGUCUUAAUCAGCGCAUAGGUCCAAUAUCACUAGCUACAUUGUCAAAUGGCGGGCUAGAUGAUUCUGGAGGCUCUCCAUUUGGAAGGGACCAGGGCCAUCUGGUUGAUCUUGUCCAAGGGGAAGUAAAAGCACUUCUACAAUCAGCACUUGAAGUUGCUCUUUCAGUUAUCCGUGCUAAUCCAGCAGUUUUGGAAGGACUUGGAGCAUAUUUAGAAGAGAAUGAAAAGGUUGAAGGCGAGGAGCUACAAGAGUGGCUUAAGUCUGUCGUUGCCCCAGAAGAAUUGACCUCUUUUAUUACAGGAAAGCAAGAACAUGUUCUUCAGCUGGAAGUAGGCCCCUAGCAUCAGGAGUAUAAAUUGGAGUCUUAGCCUUAAUUAAUUUAACCUAGCGUCAACCGCUAAAACUCUGUAAAUCCGGAAGGAUUCAAUGAAAGUCCACAUGCCCAAGUGAUGCUGUAUAUAUAUACGGAUUAUCGAGUUCUAACCUCCAGAAUAUUGUAAGUCCAUCUGUUUGGCCAUUGGCUCUACAAUGUUGUUAUAGAGAUUAGGUGGGUGGUGCAUAUGUAAAAGAACAUUCUUUUCUCUUGCUACAUUCUUUUCUUUCAGCCCUCCCAGUGAAAGAUUCAUGUUACAUUAUCAUCUCAUCAAUUAUUAAUAGAAAUAAUUCAUAUA